UUUUUUUCUUGCUCUGUGUGUUAGGAAAUAUAUGCUCCUUUAUUCUUCAGUAUUCAACAUAUUUUUUUGUGAUACAAGAGUAAUUUGAUAUUUCUGAUAUUUGUUUUAAAAAGGAUGAUAUGCAUAUUUUGAGAUAUAUUUGUAAUGUAGUUUCAUUUAAUUAGUAGGCUGAGCAUGGCCUAGUGGUGUGUUCAGACUGUGAAUCUGAGGGAUCAUGGGUUGAGAUCUAUUUCCACUAAAACAUGAGACACACUGGAGCUGUGAGUGUGUGCUGUAGGAGCUAUGUGGUGGUUAAAUCCCACUGUUUGGUCAGAGAAGAUCAGUCCAAGAGUUUGUGACCCCAAAAUAUGAUUGCUCAAUCACAGAAUGGCACAGGAAAAACUGCUGCUUUCAUACUAGCUAGUCUUAGUAGAGUUGACACAUCUAAGCCUUUUCCUCAGGUGCUCAUCCUCUCACCAACGUAUGAAUUAGCUAUACAAACAGCCAACGUAGCUAAACAGAUGGGACAGUAUUGCCAGGAUAUAAAAUUCUGCUUAGCUAUUAAAGGGGAAGGAACCCAUAGAGGAAGGAAGAUUAAAGAACAAGUGAUAAUAGGAACACCGGGUAAAGUGAUGGACUGGUCAUUAAGAUACAAACUGUUUGACAUUCAGAAGAUCAACGUUUAUGUGUUAGAUGAGGCCAAUGUGAUGAUUGCUAUCCAGGGUCACCAUGAUCAGUGUAUAAGGGUUCACAAAAAACUUUCCAAAGAGUGUCAGGUGAUGCUGUUCUCGGCUACAUACGACCAAGAAGUUAUGGAUUUUGCUGAGAUAAUUGUUCCCAAUCCUGUCGUCAUCAGACUAAGAAAGGAAGAGGAGAGCCUAGAGAACAUCAAACAAUUUUAUGUUGUUUGUAAAAGCAUGGAUGAGAAGUUUUCUGCUCUUUCCAACAUUUAUGGAGUGAUAUCUAUUGGACAAGCCAUUGUCUUUUGUCACACGAAAAAAACAGCAUCUUGGUUAUCAGAGAAACUUACUAAAGAAGGACAUGCGGUAGCUCUACUCUCUGGCAACAUGUCGGUUUCUCAGAGGAUAGCGGUUUUGAACAGGUUCAGAGAUGGCAAAGAAAAAGUCCUCAUUACCACUAAUGUUUGUGCCAGAGGUAUUGAUGUAGAACAGGUGACUGUUGUGGUGAAUUUUGACCUUCCUGUUGACCAGAAAGGAAAGGCUGACUGUGAGACGUACCUUCAUCGAAUUGGUCGAACUGGACGUUUUGGAAAAAUUGGGCUCGCUAUUAACAUAAUUGAUGGCCCGCGUACGACCAUAUUUCUGAAACAAAUUGAGGAUCAUUUUGGACGUAAAAUUCUGAAGUUGGAUGCAGAAGAUGUUGACGAGUUAGAGAAGUUGAACAAGGACUGAAUCUGCUUUUUUAAAGUAAGCACAGAGUGAUAUGAUUAAAGAAGUGUACGCACAACAUCACUUCUCUAAAGAAUAAUUACAAAGUACUACCAGAUUCUGUGUGAUCUCAUAAAUUGUUUUUUUUAUUUUUGACCGAGUCUUUCAAUGCUUGUAAAUACAUUGCUUAUAUUUUUUUAUUUUUACAUAGUAAUUUAAUAAAGACCAAAUUUUACUUUUUAAUCCUGCAAGAUCAGUUUGUGCAGUGAUAAUGAAAUCUCUCAGAUUUGUCUGGCUCAUAGUUGGGAAAAUAAUCGUCAGUCUUAAAAGAUAUCGGACUUGGGUGCGAGUGAUAUAAGUAUGUUUCCAUUGUUAUUAAAUCUCAUAAAAUACGUAAUGCUUCAUACAGCUGUUGUUUUCCUGAGCAGGUAUUAUAAUAUAAAUUAUUAAAUGUUAUAUAGCUUUGAUAAGAAGUUUGCCCCUUUUUAAAUUUUCAGUAUUGUCAUGUAAUUUUUUACAUUAUUUAAUUUCGUUCCUGAAUUAGUUGUAUUGAUGGUACCUUUCAAUUGAUCUCUGGUUGCUUGUUGUUUUAGGUGGUAAAGUAACCAUUUGAUGAUGAAGUCUAAACCAUCAGAGUAAAUUAAUUUUUUUCUGUUGAUGAUAAAAGAUAUUUUCUUAGGCCUAUAGAAACAGAUGAACUGAUUAGCGUUUCAGUCAUGUUACGAUUUACUUUAUGUAUCAGAAUAAAUUUGUGUAAUGUUGAUUUGUGGCAAAACCUACGAAGUUGUUAUGAUAAAACCCAUGAUUGGUUGAACUUCCACAUAGAGCUGAUUUUGGUUUUGUUCCAUGAUGUAAUAAUAUAUUACAAAUAAAAUAAGUGUUCUGACUUUGCGACAGUGUUUUCAGAAUAUGAUAGAUAAGAAUGAUGUUAAUAUUUUUAUUCUACUCUAAGCAUUUGUAGCAAUUUUUUUUAUAUAUUUUGGAGAAAUGAUGGUAUAACAAAAUACUGUUAGAGAUCUAUAAAAAUAAAUACUUAGAUUCGAACUAUUUCCUCGAUUUAUUUUGAAGACAUGAAAUGACGUGAAGGAUGUUAAAUGUAAAGUGUUAAAAAUAAUGAGAGAAUAAAUUGAAUGUUCUAAAUUAA